AUGGAUCUUGGCCCGCUCCUUGAUCCGUGCGAGAGCGCGGUCCUUCCCCAGAGUCCUCUACCAAAAUGCAUCAGUCCAGCAAGCUCGCUGAUGCGGUUCCGAGAGGAGAUAGACCAGCGCAUCGCCGCGGUCGACACAUACUACUCGGACCCAGUUAAAGUCGUGCAGGGCUGCAAAGAGGAGGGCGCGGGCGCGGAGCAGGCCGAGAAUCCAGCUGCGUUACUCCUUACGUGCAGCACAAAGUUCAUCGACAUCAUCCAGAGCUUGACGCCGGCGGCGGGCCAAACGCAUACGCGGAGUGAGGAUGCGCUCAGCACGGAGGUUGUGCUCCUGGCUCUGUCGAGCUACCUUGCAUUGAUGAGACUCUUCGACUCGCUUUUCCACACCAUCUAUGAAUUCAUUUGCGACUUGCCGCCGGCCUCGUUCAAGUCCGUCAAAGUCAAGUCGGUGCUCCGAAUCGGCGGCAUCUCCACGCUUCAGGACAUGCCGCUAAAGACGUAUGCCACAGGCAUCCUCGAUGCCAUCCAGGGCCAGGUGCGGACCCUGGAGCGCUGCAUGGGGAUUCCAACCGAACACUGUCUCUCGGGCGAGGCGGCUGCCUCGGCCACCCCGGGGAUGCUCUCCCGUUCAGAUCGAACACGGUUGUUUUGGGCUGGGAUGGAACAGGAGGAUGUCAAGUCACGACGGGGUGGCAAGUCGUACGUAGAGUCGAUACGAGCCAGUAUCAAGGACUCGAUGAGAUUUCUCGAUGACUAG